AUGGCAGCAGUGCCCUCCGAAAAGAUCAUGGACCCCACAGCUUCCCCUCCAAUUUCACAAUCCAUGGAUCAUAUUUCUUCUUCAGGCUCCUCGGAUGCCGCCGCCCCAACUGACUCUCCGUCGUACGCCGACGUACCUGAUCAGGCUGAUCUCCCAUCCACUUCAACCCCCAGCCCUUCCAGACAACUCGAUAGUCAGAGUCAACCAUCAAAGAGUGAAGAGUACCGGCAGCUAUUUCGUCUCCCACCUGAUGAAGUUCUUGUUCAAGAUUUUAACUGUGCAUUGCAAGAGAAUUUUCUUCUUCAGGGCCACAUAUACCUCUUUGACCAUUAUAUCUGCUUCUAUUCCAACCUAUUUGGAUUUGAGACAAAGAAAAUCAUCCCGUUUCAUGAAAUCACGUUUGUAAGGAGAGCAAAGGUAGCCGCUAUCUUCCCUACCGCAAUAGAAAUAACAGCUGGAGGGCAGAAGUAUUUCUUCACAUCUUUAUUAUCCCGUGAUGAAGCUUUCAAGCUCAUUAAUGAUGGCUGGUUGCAGCAUAGCAAUGGGUCUAAAGAAAUUACAGAUCAACAGGAGUUGAAGUCUGAGAAUAGUAGCCAAGAGAAUGGGAGUGCUAUAGUUGAAAAAUCUGAGAGUUCCAGGCAAUAUGUGGACAAGCUGGAUAAUGUUGAAAGGGAUAAGGAUGUUCCUGUGACAGAAGAUUCCAGACUCUCAGUUAAUGAUGAACCUGAACCUGUGUCAACAUCUUCAGGAUUGCAAACUAAUGAGGUAGAGGAUGUAGAAGUUGCUCGAAGUGUUGAGUUUUCACCAUCUGGAAAGUCUUCUGUUUGGGAGGAGGAUUCAGAUGCACCUGGAGUUCCUGAAUGUUACACGAUGGUUGCUGAAUCAAAGUUCCCGAUAGAAGUUGAGGAGUUUUUUCAUCUGUUUGUUUCAGAUGAUGGUGUUAGUUUUCAGGAGUCCUUUCAUGGAAAAUGCGGUGAUAAAGAUUUCAAAUGUACUUCAUGGCGUGCGCAUGAAAUAUAUGGGCAUACCCGUGAUGCAUCAUUUCAACAUCCAAUUAAACAAUAUUUUGGUGCAAGAUUUGGUAGCUGUCAUGAGGUUCAGAAAUAUCGAGUAUAUAAAAAAUGUCACUUGGUUGCUGAGACUUCACAAGAGAUCAGCGAUGUACCAUAUGGGGAUUAUUUUCGAGUUGAGGGGCGGUGGGAUGUGGUGAGAGAUGGUAGUGAUUCAAAGCCUUGCUGUAUAAUGAAGGUUUACAUCCAUGUGGCCUUUUCCAAGAAAACUAUGUGGAGAGGGAAGAUAGUGCAGUCUACAGUGGAAGAGUGCCGGGAAGCUUAUGACAUUUGGAUAGAUCUUGCGCACGAUUUGUUGAAGCUCAAGAACCUUGAGAAGGAAGAAGCUGUCAGUCUUCAAUCGGAGUUAAUACCAAAUGGUCAAAUUAGACUAGAAAAGCAAGCAAACACAGAGAAAUGUGUUUCAGAGAAAGCAAGUGAUGCAAACAUAUCCAAAAGGUUGCCUGAUCUGAAUGAUGUGAACCAACAAAUCACCAAUGCCACGCAAACAAAUUUUAGUCGCUCUGCAUCAGUUGGAUCCUUGUUGAAAGAUUCCUUUGGGAAAUUCUGUACAUCUUUGAAAUAUCAAAGCACGACUUCCCUACUUCUGAUCAUGACGGUUGCUGUGAUUCUUCUUCUAAUGCAGAUAAGCAUUCUUGUGCUAUUAAGUCGACCUCAGCAGAUCCACCUGAUUCCUCAAGCAGACAGUAUGAGUGGCAUGUAUAGAGGGGAAACACUCAUUUUGCUUGAUAAGCAAAUGAAAAUUCUCGAGGAGAUGCAUGUGGUCGAGACUUUACUUGAGAAAAUGCAGCAUGAGCAUACUCUAUUGAAAAGAAAAUUGAAAGACUUGGAAAUAUUGAGAAACAGAUUGUAA